AGUCCGCCACGUUGGGAAGCCGGUUUCCGGAGUCUCUUUUUGUCACCGGGUCUCAGCGGCGUAGAGGUGGCGGUGGCUAUGAGGCAGAAGCACUACCUUGAGGCUGCGGCGCGGAAACUACAAGAUAGCUGCCCGGGCCAGGCCCGCUAUCUCCUCUGGGCCUACAGUUCGUCACACGAUGAUAAAAGCACUUUUGAAGGAACAUGUCCAUACUGUUUCCAGUUGCUGGUUCAGGAUAAGUCUCGAGUACGUCUCAAACCCAAACCCAAACUGACACCCAAAAUACAGAAACUUCUUAAUCGAGAAGCAAGAAAUUAUACACUCAGUUUUAAAGAAGCAAAAAUUUUGAAAAAGUACAAAGACUCCAAAAGUGUAUUGUUGAUUACUUGUAAAACAUGCAACAGAACAGUUAAACAUCAUGGUAAAAGUAGAAGCUUUCUGUCAACAUUGAAGAGCAAUCCUACCACUCCUGCAAGUAAACUCAGCCUAAAGACCCCAGAGAGAAAGACUCUAAGUUCUGCAAAGCUAAAUCAUGAUAUGUCUGGUUCCAAAGCCAAGAGCCCAGCAUUGAUUUUCAGAACAGCUACAUCUGGACAGUCAACACCCAUUUGCUCCUCAAAGAAUGUGAGCAAAACAAAGAAACACUUCUCUCAACUAAAAAUGUUGCUUAGUCAGAGUGAAUCUGAAAAGAAUCCAAAGGUGGACUUCAGAAAUUUCUUAUCUUCUUUGUAAAGGAUGGACUAUGAAAAUAAGAAAUGUUUAAUGUAAUUUCUGAAACUAAAGUUAGUCAGAAAACCUGCUUUUUAAAGAACUUAUUUAUUCUUAAAAUACAUGGAAACUAGGGUUCAAGAGCAAACUUUUCUUGGCAUUCUUCAGUGUUUAUGGAGAAAAUACCUCAUUAGAAUGAAAAACUGAAACCUGCCUACCUCACCAGGUGAUUGUGAGGAUCAAAAAUAUAUGAAAGGUCCUUGUAAGUAGUAAAGAUAUAUAUGGA